AUGGUGGCUCUCAUCUAUGCCCUCGCCUUCGCGGGUUUGGCAGCAUCCCAGACCGUCAACGUGGUCAAUGGCGACCCAGCGCGGUUCACUUACACCUACAUGAAGACUCCACUUUCUGGCCCUUGCGAUGUUUCUGAAGGACCGGAUGGACUCGUCUAUGUCCAAGAACUUCUAGCAAACAAGAUUGUAAAGUACAACCAAAACACAGGGCAACUGACAGAGUACGACAUCCCGUUCACCACACCACUGCUCCCAAACCAGACUCUGCCUUUACCUGGCAUCGCCAAAGCCGCCUUCCUGACCUGCGCACUCCGCAAUGGCUUCGACGGACUGCUGUACCUCAGCAAUGGCAAUCGCAACCAACUCGUGCAGCACGACACCAAGACUGGCACAACGAAAGUCUUCACGCCUGACAAUCUCUUGCAGCCAGUGGGUAACUUGGAGCCUCUGAACGAUUUGACCACCGCACCGGAUGGUGUCUACUUCUCCAUGACGACGUCGAACCAACUCGCCAAGUUCGACUACAAGACGCACAAGUUUAGUUACUUUAACGUUCCUACGCCAUUGGCGUCGCCGCUGGGGAUGUACUAUGCUCAGGAUGGGGCGAUCUGGUUCUUGGAGUUUCUCGGCAACAAAGUCGGCCGCCUCGACCGCCAAACCGGCAAAAUCACAGAAUACCCCGUCCCGCUCAACGCAGCCAACCCGGUCGUCAUGCGCGCCGAAACCAAAGACCCCAAGACGGGCGACUACCUCCUCUGGUUCGCGUGCGUGCUGGGCGGGGGCAUCGCGUCCAUCAACGAGCGCACCAAAGCCAUCACCUUCUACUCCGAAUUCCCCGUCACGACCGCCGUGGAAGUCGCGCAGGACUACCGCGACAAUGUCUGGGUCUCGCACGUGUCGUCCAACACGCUGGGCGUGUAUAACCCGCGGUAUAAUAAUUUUACGGAGAUUGUCAUGCCGGGCACGCUGGUUCCGCUGCCCAUCAGUGUGCCGCUGUUUGUGGGCAGUGGGAUUUAUUCGAUGCCGGUGGGGAAUCCGUUCACGAGGGGGACGGGGAAUGCGAUUUGGUUUACGCAGUUGACGGCGAAUCGGUUGGUGAGGUAUGAUUUGGAGGGGUUGACGUACUGA